UCUCCAUCUCUUUCCUCUGAAACAAACACUCCCGUCCUCCUCUCCAUUCUUCUCCUUGUAGAUUUCAUUCCUCUUCGUCUUCAUCUUCUUCUGCUUGUCGUUCUAUACCCUCAAUUCCCUACAUUCACAAUGGCUACCAACAUCACCUGGCACCCUUCCCUCUCCCGCCGUGAGCGCAACCAGUUCCGCGGCCAGCGAGGUCUCACCAUCUGGCUGACCGGUCUCUCUGCCUCGGGCAAGUCGACCGUCGCCACUGCUCUUGAGCAGCACCUCCUCCACCUGGGCGUCGCCGCCUACCGUCUCGACGGCGACAACGUCCGCUUCGGCCUCAACAAGGACCUUGGCUUCUCCGAGGCCGACCGCAACGAGAACAUCCGGCGCAUCUCCGAGGUCGCUAAGCUCUUCGCUGACGCCUCCACCAUCGCCAUCACCUCCUUCAUCUCCCCCUACAAGGCCGAUCGCCAGGUCGCCCGUGAGCUGCACGCCCAGGCCACCCAGGGCGGCGACGAGGCCAUCCCCUUUGUCGAGGUCUACGUCGACGUGCCUCUCGAGAUCGCUGAGCAGCGUGACCCCAAGGGUCUCUACAAGAAGGCCCGCGCCGGUGAGAUCAAGGAGUUUACUGGCAUCUCUGCCCCUUACGAGGCCCCCGAGAACGCCGAGAUCACCAUCAAGACCCACGAGAAGUCGGUCGAGGAGUGUGUCGCCCAGAUUGUUGACUGGCUCAACGAGAAGGGCUACCUCACCAAGCACUAG